AUGCUGUCAUGACCCCUCUGGGAGGUGGCUCUGCCAAUGGGCGACAUGUGAUGAGCGUCUGUCUGGGCAGUUGCCGAGGGCACCAAGAUGGAGGUGUAGUUGACGGUGGGACGCCGGCAAGAGGGUGUUCCGGGCCAUGCCAUGCCCACGACCGACACGCACAGUCUUGCCCAUGACGCUGUGGGCUGCAGGUCAGAGAAUCCCAGCAAGGCGACGAUCGCCAGGGUGCUGGGGUGGGAAGGGAUAGCCAUCCACUGCCGAGUCCGGCCCAGCUGGAGAGCGCUGUUUCCCCAAAGGGGUCGGGACCCUUGCUGGUGGUUGAUGACGAUCAUGAGUGGACCUUGGAGAGCUGCUCGCACGCGUCGAAUGAAGGAGCCAAGGUUGCAGAUCGAGGGCGAGGUCAGGAGCCGUACAACUCCCUACCGGUGGAGGCAGGCGAGUGCAGCACACGGGCGGCAUCUGUUGGCCAUCGGGCACCUGUCGGGCCAGGCCAGGGUCGAAGUUGUCGAGAGACACGGCUCACGCCUCCCGGACAUCAGCCAGGGCUUGCCACCAGCCGCCUCUAGAUCCGACCUGGGCCAGUCUUGUCGUGCUUGGCUGCCUCUGGCGCGCGCCUGGGACGCUUGAGACGUGGACGAGAGCGACGCUCGAGGCUGGAGGACAUGCGAAGCCGCCGCCUUGCAGGCAGGCAUUCGCGCGCCGGACACGAUUGGUUCCGAGUGGCAAUGCUACCCACCGUGGCAUCCCGCUGCACAAGCUUAAAUGCAGAGACAAUGGCGAGGUGGCGGUCAUUGUUU